UGAAUUGAGAAAUUCCAGUUCAAGCCUAAACAAGCAAUAUUUUUGCAAAAGAAAAAAGUGAUAUUUCGGAACCAAUAAAUCUAAAAUGUUUUUACAGGAGUUUGAAUUAAUGGACGAGGAACCGGACUUCUCGAGCGCUAAUAACCAAAAUCAGGUUUGCACAGCUUCAUCAAGCACUAAACCAGCAGCUGAUUGGAUUUUUACAAAGCACGAUUUGGAAUAUUUGUAUCCUCGUAUCGAACAUCAAGUAAAAGAGAAAAUUUUUAAUCCGAUCAACUCCGUUUUGGAUGCAUACUGGCCUGUGUAUGUUAACAGUUUCAAGGUUACAUCUCCCGAACGAGGUACCUGGUAUGAUGAAAUUGCCAGCUAUUUCGCUGUACAUGGUUUGAUUACUAGAAUGGUAUAUUUUCAUGAUGCCGACGUUGAACUAUUUCAGUACCAACAGAAAUAUCAGGUCCUCGACUUUUUAGUCUAUUUCGUAUCAAAGGAUGAUGCCGAAAGUGCAAUCAGAAGAUGUCAUCGUCAAUUACGUUACGGUUAUCACCUAAACGUAGCCUGCGGCCGCGUGCGAGCGCAACUUGUUAAGAAAAGAUCUCUCAUGUUCACUGAAACCUCAAAUAUGUUUUCGAACACAUACGCAUCCAAAACUUCAGGCUUAACCAUCCCUCUGGAAUUCCAUGCGGAAUCAACAUUCGCUCCAUUUGGCACUGUUGAUUUUAUCACACGUUACUCUACUACACUGUUUGCAAUUGAAUUUGAAUCUAAGAAGGAAAUGGGAAAUGCUCUAAGAAGUCAGAUGAACUAUGCACCUGUUAAAUUUCGUAAAAAGUGUUCAUACAAGCAGCGUUUUGUUGAAUACGAUGUUAGAAACCACCUCAAGAAGAUACUGUAUGAAAAUCCAAAUUUUUUGAACAUGAUGCCUAAACCACAUAUCAUGCAAUUCUUUUUGCGUGGGGAAAAUCCGAUAACAGAUUUAACGUGGCGAAAUAGUUUAGUUCCUGUACGAUCAUUAUAUGGCAUGCAACAGAAAAGACUCCAGCGAAGGGAGUGCCACUUCCGUCAAAAAUUAAAACGUCAAGCAGAGAAACUGCUAAAGCAAAAAAGCGAAACAUCAGUUUCUAAUCCAGAAAAUAAUUUGACAUCAAACGUAGAAAUACAAAGCGGAAAUUCGAACCCGGAAUGCGUUGAACAUCAAACGAACCCUCCUAACGAAGAAUGUGCAAAAUCGGAGCAGAACUCUUACCCAAAGGAGGAAGACCAUGCAAAAUUGGCAUACCAAAAAGAAAUUUCAGAAUUACAACAAAAUUGGAAAAAUGAAGAUGAACAUUUAGCCGAAAAGGAUAAAAGACAAAAACUUGUAAUGGCAAAGAUAAAUCAAUAUCUCAAAGCUCGUUUCUUGCCAACAACCUCCCGUGAUUACGUUCUUAAAUGCCGAACAACUAAUGUACCCACAAAAAAAUCAAAAACGAAGGCUACAAAAAAACUGGACACAUCGAAUAAUGUUAUUAUAUUCUUAUAAGUAAACAGAAAGCCUAAUUAUCAUUUUAACAUUGACAAAUAAAA